GUCAGUCAAUCGGUGUUUUGAUACGGUGACGGUUGUGUGAAAAAGUGUGUUAAAGCGUACAUUCUCUAAAACCGAAGUGUUUCUUCUAAGUUCACGAUGUCGGAUGAAAUCGCAGAGAAUGGAACAGCGAACGGCGACGUUCCGGAGAUCGAGCUGAUCAUAAAGGCAUCGACGAUAGACGGGCGGCGGAAGGGCGCGUGUCUGUUCUGCCAGGAGUACUUCAUGGACCUGUACCUCCUCGCAGAGCUUAAGACCAUCAGCUUAAAGGUGACGACAGUGGAUAUGCAGAAGCCGCCGCCCGACUUCCGCACGAACUUCGAGGCCACACACCCACCCAUCCUCAUCGACAACGGCCUCGCCAUCCUCGAGAACGAGAAGAUCGAGCGCCACAUCAUGAAGUCCGUGCCCGGCGGUCACAACCUAUUCGUACAGGACAAAGAAGUGGCGUCACUGAUCGAGAACCUGUAUUCGAAGCUGAAGCUGGUGCUGGUGCGCAAGGACGAGCAGAAGUCGGCGUCGCUGCGCGCGCACCUCGCCCGCAUCGACGCGCUGCUGGAACGCCGGGGCACGAGGUUCCUGACGGGAGACACGAUGUGCUGCUUCGACUGCGAGCUGAUGCCGCGCCUGCAGCAUAUCCGCGUCGCCGGCAAGUACUUCGUGGACUUCGAGAUCCCGACGAGCCUGGUAUCGCUGUGGCGCUACAUGUACCACAUGUACCAGCUGGACGCGUUCACGCAGAGCUGCCCAGCCGACCAGGACAUCAUCAACCACUACAAGCUCCAGCAGCAAGCAACUAAAGGUCUGCUGUCUCCCACGCUGCCGCGCAGUCGGCCGCGGGACGACCCCCACGUGGCGCUGAAAAUGAAGAAACACGAAGAACUCGAGACGCCCACAUUCACGACGUCCAUCCCCGUGGACGUGAACUCCGCCCACCACGAGCAGUAGCGCGCGCCACACGCCCCACCACUCCACCGUUAUUAGUAAAUCGUAAGGAACGCUGGCCGGUAGCCGCGCACACCCAGCAAGAGUUUACGUGUACGGUAUGACAUCAACAUAAAAUGAUACAUCUCUCCUUUUCAUUUGUCAACAACAUUUGCGACAAAAACAUGUCUUCGCGUAAUAGAUAAAUUCAACCGAGUCACUCACGUUUUAAGAAAUAAGGCAAGGAUAAUAAGUGCCGACCCCCAAGUAAAUGGGAUGAGGCAGGAAUUAUGUUAUGAUGUUGGGUCACUCACGGGUUUAAGUCGAAAAUGACUCGAGUUAAAAACGUGAGUGACCCGGUUAAUAUAUUCGUCUUACGAGAGUUGUUUUUUAAACGUACUUAAAUACCAAAUAAAGGUUACAAUUUUAUAUUUAUCUAAGAGACAUGCGUGCUCGUCAUACCGUACUUGUCUAACCAGCCGUGCUUGUUGUAGACUGCCAGCACGGUAAGUAGCCUACUCCAUAUGUAUGUACGCGUGUACAAGGAGCCCCGAGCUCCACCGCCCGCCUACGCCCGUCAGAAACGUAAUAUAUUUUUAUACAAAUUUGGAAUUAGAGCAUUUUUAAUUUUUAGUGUUGCUAUGUUGGUAAUAAUUGAGUAUGUGAAUUUUUAUGAUAAUGGUGCAAUCAAAACAUAGUUUUGGAUAUGUGUUGCCGUUUGGGUUGUUACGCGGCUUAUGAGGAGCUAGCUUCUCUAGUUGAUCGGUUCGAUGUUAAGCAAUUGUGGCCAUUAGUACUUGGUUUAACUUGUUGGGAACGCCCAGUAUUGUGUAUCAAACAUGAUUGGUAGAUUAAUCGGCAGAGGUGCCGAAAGUACCCAAAUUUCAAUCAGUGUUUUCGGUUAAUAUAAAUGUGUGAGCAAGUCAUGGCUGAUACAGGACUAGCUCCUACAUUUAUACCCAACUAUCUAGUUUAUUAGCAUUCAUAGUGUUCAAACACAACGAAUAAGCAUUCUGACAUAAUUUUUGUAUUAUAUUCAUUAUUUAUGUAAGAUUGGUUAUACAGUAUUUUGUUGGUUCUUUUUUGGACUAGUAGUGUAGUUAGGUUAGAGAGAAACAAUAACAUUUCGUUUCAAUACCUCUGCCUGUUUAUUCUUUAAAAAUUUUCAUUUUAUGUAUAAAUAAAUAUGUGAACACUCUUGCCUGCAAUUGAUGUUACCUUUGGCAAGUUAAUUUGCAAUUUCAUUCUCAUAAUUUUGAGAUAAUAUGGUCAAUAUGAUAACAACUGUAUUAUUUAAUAAGACAUUCAUUCAACUAAACAUUCUUCAAAUCAAAUUGUUAUAAUAGUUUUAAUAAAAAAGGACCGUAGAAAAAGUAGAUUGCAGAUAAUAAAAUACAUAUAAACAUAGUACACAGUGACACAAGGGCGAGAGACCAUCACCAUGUCUGGACAAUGUAUAAAAUAUUAAUUCUAGAUUAUAAUUUAAGUGUUAAGGAAUAAAUCUGGAUAAAUAUUAUUUUU